AUGUCAGUCUCGAGAAAUAAGUCGUCACUGCCGAUUGAUUAUGUACUUGCCUACAAGGUGAAUGAUAAAGAAUGUGAUGCGGUGAGAAAAGCAUUUGAAGAGUUUUACUUGCAAGCGGAUGGAAUCACCCAUUGGAAUGAAGAAUUCAGAGAAAAUGCUUGCAAAUGCUUGCAAGAUGAAGUACUUGAUUUGAAGGCAAUUCUGAGAGCUGGAUUGUUGCUGAAUCGUGAACUUGUUGGUGUUGACUACAUAAGUCAGCCAUUUCAAAGGAAAAUAUCGCACCUAUUCGUGAACUAUGAUGACCCACUGAAGUUUUUUCGAACAGCACUACGCUCAUUGCUGGUUCAUCAGAUCUUAAUUGAAAUUGAUAUAAGUAAAACGAUCAAUGCAGAGGAUAGUGAUGAGGAAAUUGAAUUCAAAAAACGGGGAUUGCUUUAUUUGGCCAUGAAAGGAGCAUAUUCAGAUACGUUCAUAUUGCAUGAUCCUUCUCAGUUGCGACUGUAUUCCCCCCACUUAUAUCGCCUGAGUUUGAGCUCUGAUCAUGCAUUAUCACAGGUUUUUAACCAAUCGUGCCUAAAUGAUAUUGUUCAGGAUGAGCCGUAUUACCGGAAAAUGCGUGAGCGGAAUUACAUUGAAUACACAGAAUUCGUCGAAGGGUUGAGAUGUGAUCCACGGAAGGUGCUCAGCAAGCAGUGGAUACCGUUCUAUAAAUUUCAACCGAUUCAUAGGAUCCGUGAAUAUUUCGGUGAAAAGAUCACAUUCUAUUUCGCAUGGGAGGGCACAUUCCUGACGGCACUUUGGCCCGCAGCUGUAGCUGGUCUUUUAUGUUUUGCUUAUGGGCUAUAUCACAGUGUUAUGGUGAAUCGAACCAAUUUCGAUGUUUGUGUAAGAAAAGAUAAUUUUGGACAAGAAAAAAAGGACGCGUGCACUAUAACUGAGAAUUUACAUCAAAUCGCAGACUUGUGUCUGAAAGCGUUCGAUAAUGCGUUGAAUCCGCAUCCUAAAAAUACGUCCAAUUUUGCAGGAAAAAUUUUCUCACAAGUGUGGAAUCGCAACAGAUCAGUUCUAGCCUAUCAGUGGGAUGCAAAUGAUUACGUUGUAUCGGAACCCGAUAGACCGCAGUUCUUUGGUACGCAGAAAGAGAAGGAUCCAAUAACAGGUCAAGACGAAUGGAUCUAUCCGAUGUCACGUCGCUACUGCAAGCUGAUUGUAUCGGCCCUAAUCGUUUUUAUGUGCAUGCUUGUGGCUAUUGCCAGUGUCAUCGCAGUGAUACUCUAUAAACUGUUUGCAGCCAGUCAAUUCGGUUGUAAUCGCGCGAAUAACGUAAUUUUAUCAAGGAAAAAUUCUUCAUGUGAAACGAAAUUCCUCUAUCCACUUCUUGAAGAGAGCAGCAUUGAAUUGUUUCUUUUAGAAAACCAUCGCACGAAUUCAGAAUACAAUAACGCGUUAAUCGUCAAGCGAUUUGCGUUCCAGUUCGUCAAUACCUACACUUCACUCUUCUAUUUGGCAUUCAUUCGUCCUGAAUAUUAUGGUCUUCAAAAGAACGGUCUGUUCGGUUUCGGUGCCGAUUAUAAAGAUACUUGCGAUUACGGCACUUGUGGCUCAUUGCUAGCACUUCAAUUGCUGUCACAUAUGAUUAUCAAACCGAUUCCGAAAUUUUGCCAAGAUAUUGUUCUACCACUGCGAUGGAAUCGUAAAAUAGCUGCGAUUAGCGAAAAUGGAAGUGAGCAACAAUCACGGAGAUCAUUUGGUGUGGAUGAAGAGCAGGAAAGUAAUCGUCUGGUUCGUGAGUGGAUGAAACCAGAUGUCGGUGACUUUACGCUUGGUGAAUACAUGGAGAAAAUACUUCAGUUUGGAUCAAUCAUGGUACUUGCAGAGUUCGAUUUGCAUGAUCCUCGAAUGAAACGUUUAUUUGAGAUCAUUCCAACUGAUUAUUGUAAGGACGACAGAAUGAUCAUGUUUGCACCAUUAUUUCCGUUGGCACCGUUGAUUGCUUUGGUAAUCGGUCUUUGUGAUAUACGAAUCGACGCACGACGUCUAACGUGGUUCAAUCGUCGUCCAGUGGCAUUCAUUGCUAACUCGAUUGGUAUUUGGAAGGCAAUUAUCAACUUCCUUCAGUAUAUCGCCGUUAUUACAAACACAUUCAUCGUGGCAUUCACAUCAGACUUUUGUGAUGAUUUGGUGUCAUCACCGCUAACUCAAGUCGAGUGCAACACAAGAACCCGAUUGUUGAUUGCGUUGAUCUUUCAGAAUGUCGUAUAUGCUAGUGAAUUCCUCAUUGAGAGCCUGAUUCCGGAGGUGCCGUCAGGAAUUAGAUUAGCACAACGAAGGGUAAUUGAUUAA